GUUUGUGAAGGAUGAAUGGGCGAAUGGUAGAGCGAUAGCAUGCCAUUGAGACCUCCAAAACUCUCGAUUUCAAGCGCUCAACUAUCCCAAAUCCACGCCCAACUCCUCACAAAUCCGAAGCCCCACGUUUUCAACCCUUUGCUCGGUGCUUUGGUGGACUCCGUCGCCCCUGAAAAUGGCCUCUUCCUCUACAACCAAAUGCUUCGACACCCAUCUUCCCACAACCACUAUACCUUCACUUACGCCCUCAAAGCCUGUUUUCUUCUCCAUGAAACCCACAAGGGCCUCGAAAUCCAUGCCCGUCUCAUCAAAUCAGGUCACCUUUCUGACAUCUUCAUCCAAAAUUCUUUGCUCCAUUUCUACAUUGUCGAUGGCGAUGUUCCUUCUGCUUCUCGAGUCUUUGAUUCCAUCCCUGACCCAGAUGUGGUUUCGUGGACUUCGAUCAUUUCGGGGCUUUCCAAGCUGGGUUUUAAAGAGGAAGCUCUGGGUAAGUUCUUGUCCAUGAAUGUGAGCCCUAAUUCUGCUACUCUUGUUAGUGCUUUAUCUGCUUGUUCUAGUCUAAGGUGUGUUAAGAUUGGAAAAGCCAUACAUGGGCUAAAAUUGCGGAGUUUGAAUGUGGAAAGUGUUAGUUUGGACAAUGCCCUUCUGGAUUUUUACGUUAGAUGUGGGUCUUUGAGGGGUGCACAGAACCUGUUCGACGAAAUGCCUCAAAGAGAUGUAGUGUCUUGGACUACGUUAAUCGGAGGUUAUGCACUGACAGGAUUAUGUGAAGAGGCUGUGAGGGUAUUCCAAAACAUGGUUCAUGCGAGAGAGGCCAUACCCAAUGAGGCCACUCUAAUCAAUGUACUAUCUGCAUGUUCUUCCAUGUCUGCUCUGCAUUUGGGUGAAUGGGUACAUUCAUAUAUCAACUCUAGGCACGACGUGAUAAUCGAUGGAAACAUUGGAAAUGCUUUGAUUAACAUGUAUGUAAAAUGUGGCAGCAUGGAUAAGGCAAUUUCAAUCUUCAAAACUGUUGAACACAAGGAUGUCAUAUCAUGGAGCACAAUCAUAAGUGGGUUAGCCAUGAAUGGCCAAGGCAAGCAAGCUUUUGGUCUCUUUUCACUCAUGCUAGUUCAUGGCAUUACUCCAGAUGCCAUAACAUUUCUCAGCUUGUUAUCUGCAUGCAGCCAUGGUGGGUUGAUCAAUCAAGGCUUGAUGGUGUUUGAAGCCAUGAAAGACGUUUACAAUGUUGCACCUGAGAUGAGGCAUUAUGCUUGCAUGGUGGACAUGUAUGGGAAGGCUGGGCUUUUAGAUGAAGCAGAGGCGUUCAUAAAGGAGAUGCCUGUGGAAGCAGAAGGGCCAGUUUGGGGAGCGCUGCUUCAUGCUUGUCAACUCCAUGGGAAUGAGGGGUAUGAGAAAGUUAGGCAAUGGCUGCUUAGCAGCAAGAGCAUUACAGUGGGAACUUAUGCUUUGUUAUCGAAUACUUAUGCUAGUUGUGAUAGAUGGAAUGAUGCUAAUGAAGUUCGAGACGCCAUGAGAAGUAGAGGACUGAAGAAAAUGGCUGGUUGUAGCUGGAUUGAAUUGGCUGAUCCCUUGAAUCCAUUGGGUUGAAUGUGGGAGAGUCGAGAAAAAUGGGGUAAGAGGUUGAAAAGUUCAUGCUUUUUUGUUAAGUGUUGCAACAAGCAAGUUUGUUGGAUGAUGAAAGUUCUAUAUCGACAAAUUUA